AUGGUAUCGCCUCGCCCCACCCCGGGAACGCAUGAAGGCGAUCUUGAGGAGGUGACCUCGCCACACACCACUGCCGCUGCAAAACAAGAAGGUGACAUUUUCACGACAACAUCCUUCCCCGAUUACAAUGUUGAUGACUUUGAGGAAAGCCCAAGCCAUGUGGAGUCGGUCCCUCCCAGUGGAGACACGUUCCAAGCUCCACCUACAACAGGAAGUCCACAUCCUAGUGAUUCUACCUUCCCUGCUCCCCCUCAGGCCACUGCAGUCAUCCAGGUAGAAGAUGCCACACCUGAAGUGUCCGUAGAUACCGCCGUGGACCAGCCAUCGAGCACAGUGUCUGGGGAGAGAUUGGCUGAGCCCACAGAAGAACCAGAGAAUCACUAUGUGAUAGAAGUGGGCACAGUUCAGCCUGACAUUCUUCUAGAGGCCUCUCCAAGCACAGAACCCAUGUUUGCUCACGGAAGCGUAGAGGAAACCACCCUGGAAGGGAUCACUGCAGAGAUUACCUCUGACCUGAUAGACGCCCAAUCAGUUUCGACAACCGAACCAACUGAACCAAUCAGCACUGAGAAAACUAAAGAUGAACCUGUUAGUACUGAGGACACUACAUAUGAGUCCAGUCUACGUGUAACUGAACAGCCGUCCACUCUUGAAACCACAGACGAUUCCACAAUGGUGAUGGCCUCAGCCACUCCAGAUGCGUCUGUAAGUGGAACUACUUCUCAACCCUUUGAUCAUAGGGAAGUGGAGGCCACUGCCCCACCCACAACAGCAGAGGUCCUUGAGGGAUCCCCUAAUGCAGUCAUCACUGAAACUACCCCAUCCACAAUAUCCACUGUCACUCCCAGUAUGGUUGUGACCUUAUUCACUGAAGAUGUGGAGGGCAGUGGAAUGGGUCCUGAAACCAUCGUUGACCUGGGCUCCACUGCUGCGGUCACCUUGUCACCUACACCAAGGUCAUCAUCUACAGUGGCAGUAAACACCGAGGACAGAAGCACUCUUAGCCCCCACACUGAUUCAUCAAGUCCCGCUGGCACGACAGUGUACCCAGAAAGAGAGCCAUACUCUGAGGGCCUUCAUUCAACAACCCCCUCCCCAGACUAUGUUGAUGAGAUUGGAACUGCAGGUUUUGUAGAGGGUAUCGCACCCGUUCCGCCAACCCAAGCGGUGCAUGACGAUCCCUCAACAAGCACCUCAUCCACCACUGUCAUGGAUGAAGCAACCAUGAUUACCACCAUCGUGUGUGAUACAGAGCCCAACUCCGGCAUGGAGACCACCACCCCAACACAAUCAGGAGGUACAAGAUCAGCAAUACCAACAAAGUCAUCAUCAAAGCCUUCAGAUGGCUCAGCAACUGAUGCCCCGACCACACCCUCAUCCCAAUACUCAAUCAUACAAGUUGUCACUCACCCGGCUGAGACAGAAGGUGCUUCUAAAGCUGAGCCCACACAGAAACCUCUUCCUCAUGAUGUAGAGACACCAGCCAUUCUGUACAAGGAGGAUGCGAGUCAAACACAGGACCCACCAAGUGAUCCCACUACCACCACUUCACAUGCAACCGUGACCUCUAAGGAACCUUCCUCAGUGAACCCAACAGCAGCCGCCAUUCUCAUCGACAGUGAGACGUCAGCUGAGGAUGUGAGCUCAGGUGAUCAGGUCAUUGAAGAGUCCAACACUCACUUUCCUGAGUCCCUCAGUGAAACCUUGACUGAAGUCCAGGACACCACUACAGACAUCGAUACAGAGUACUUCUCAUUUGCUCCCUUGAUCUCCACCAGCGCUCCAGCCACUGUGGGCCCAGAUGGACUCCCCAUCCAAGUUAUCAACAUCAAUGCCGACGAGCAGAAGCAAAGCGAGUCAGGCCUGCCGGUGCAACCUGGGGAUGAGAGCCAAAGCUGUGUGCAGAGGAGCCACACCAAGGACCAAGGCCACACCCUCUUGGAUAUGACUCUGCCGAUCUUAGACACUUUGAGUCAGUUCCCUGUGUUCCCAGAGGUGCCUGACCUGGGUCAGUUCCCUGUCAUCCCUGUCGUUCCUGACCGGGCCACCCCCUCCCUGGUGGACGGUGAACCUCUCCCGGGCCGUGGAGAACCUGACUUCUUCUCCUCUGCUGCCAUCACCAUGACUCCAACGCUGAUCUUCAUCAAUGGCAAACACGAGGUGACCCUGGAGCAAGAGAGAAGACAGGUAGAGGAGGAAGCAGGGAGAGGAAGAGGUGACCAGUUUGAGGAGAAUGUGACCGCACUGGGGGGCAGUGAGGAGGAGGUGACCCCCACUGUGUUUGAUUACUCUCUGAUAGAGAUACCUGAUACUAUACCAGAUAAGCCUGAUCAUGAGGAGAGCCCUUUGGAGUCCACGGGGGACCCAUUCUCACGUACCCCACUGCCUUUGUCAAUGUCCACUCUAGAUCAAUUUUUUUAUGACUAUGGGCCUGAGGUGGUUCAUGUGGAGUCAACUCCUACCACAACCCCAGAGCAGGUUGAGGAAACCACACAAGGCCGUACUAUGCAAACAGAUGUGACUGCAACCUCUGCACCUGUCAGAACAAUGGUGGGAACCACUCCGUCCAAAACGGAGCAAAGAGCUGAGGGUCUAUCAUCUGUUUCAGAGACCACAGAGGGACCAAGUGACGUCAUAACUACAUCCACUGCAGCAGUGUCCACUGUUUCAAUAUCUGGCACAGCAGUGAGCAAAACUUCAGAACAAACCCAAAGCCAAACAGCUCAUGCACCCAAGACUCCUGAGGGAAACCAACAAAUCAGCACCUCUGUGUAUGGCAAAGAGGUGGAGGGGUCAGGGAUACAACCCCCAGAUGAUGACAGGGAUGCUGAGGUGACUCAGCCAGAAGGGGAAGAGCCCUCUGUUUCACCCACAAAAGAAAUGCACGGGGCCACUGAUGACAAUGACACUGCAGACGUAACAAAAAGCACCUCUGCUCUUCCGGAUUUUGACAUCUCCAUUCAAACCCCUCUACUGUCUGUCUCUACACGCUCUUCUGGUGAUGUUGAAGAUGCAUCAGUGCCAGCGACCAUAAAUGACAUUGAGGGCACCACCUCAGGCCAGGAGAAAGGAUCAGCACAGGCCACACACACUCCUGAGGAACCAGCUAGCAUCACUCUGCCUCCCUCAAUGACAAGUGGCCAGACACAUUUAGUAGAAACAAUCAAGACUGAGGUGAUGCCAUCCAAAGAGGCAGGCAGCACGGAAUCACCUUCAAUGAUCUCUACCACAGCUGAAUCUUUGACAAGCCAGCAAGAUGGAACAACGCACAGAACAGAUUUUGUUAGGAUCCACAAAAACAUCACCAAGAACAAGUUCAGCAGACACUACACAACAAGCAACAAUGGAAAGAGAGAAAUUGCAGCUACGACGGUCUCCUCUCUUUUCAGUACAGAGAAACCAAGCCAAACAGUGUCGACGUCGUCACAUGAAUCUGCAACAGCUGAGACUUCAAAGACAGCUCUUACUGCAGCUUCAUCUCUACAUAGCACAGAGAAACCAGUAACAGAAAAUAAUUUUGUUUCCCAUAUUACUGAUGACACAGAAUCAAGUUCAGUCCUCAUCUCUACAGAUGAAGAAAGCUCAGACACUGCAACCACAACAGAGUCAUCUCUAUUCAGCACUGAGAAACCAGUACAAUUAGUAACUACAGCAUUCCAUGAAAUUGUAACCCCUGAGACUUCAAAGAAUACAAUCAUCACAUCUUCCUCUCUGUUUAGCACUGAGAAACCUACCACAGCGUCACAGGGAAGGGCAUCAGCAGAGAGUGAAAAGACAUCUGCGACAUCAGCUGUUUUUAUCAUUGAUGAAACAGAGACAAUAGCCAUCCUCACUUCAGAAGAGGAUAUAAGCUCAAGUGGUGCCACAACUGAGAUGUUCACCAAGGAAUCUGUUGCAACUACGGCAUUCCCAUCAGAGUCAGUUAGUGCGUACACUACAUCAAGAACAACAGUGAGCUCAACAGAAGAAGACAGUUCUGGUGACCAGACCCCUGAUAUGUUUAGCAAGGUGCAAGCUACGAUAAUUGAGUUUGUCAGUAGUUAUACCACUCCUCGUUCAUCAACUGGACAGGUGACAGAACAAACCGGGGCCUCAACACAGGUUACUCACAGUACCUCUACACCCAUAGACAUGGAGAGAUCUGGUAUAUCAACUACAGAGGAUGACCAAGAGACAACUCAGCCAGAGGGUUCAGGUGAAGAGGUACCAGUGGAGACCUCCACUAAUCCACAGGACCAGUUCACUGUAGCCACAGAUGAGACGGAAAUCAACGAGACAGAGAGUACAUCUGAUGCUCCAAGUGUUACAUCCUCAACACGGUCAACACAGAUCAGCCAAGCAUCUAUGUCAUCCCAAUAUACUGUCUCCACUAGCACAGCUGAAACAAUACAAUCAGCCACUGCUUCAUUGCCUGAGCAGGGAAGUGGAGACUUCACAGAACCCUCUACUUCAGAAAGUGAGGGCAAAGAGGAUGAGAGUUCAGGUGAUGACACAUAUGCUGUUACAACAGCCCCACUGCAUACUACAUCAUCUUCAACAGACUCAAUGGUUACAAAAUCAGUAAGCACAGAGGUAACUGAUGGAACCAAGGUGGUUGAACAGACAGAAGAACUAACAGGCACCGAGGGACAUUCAGCUGGCUCUGACUCACAUGUGGCGGCCUCAGUGGUCACAUUCACAGAUGAAGAGAGCUCUGGCUACCUGACACCUGAUAUUUUUAACAAGGAAUUUGCUACAGCAACAUCACUAGGGUCAGAAGCUGUGAUGACCAAAUCUUCCUCCCCAAUAAUCAGCAGUGACCCCUUCCAAAGCACAACUGUAGGAACAGUCAUCACACCCACAGAAGAAAUAUAUGAAACACCCUUGUACACUCCCGCUGCAGACAUUGAAACUCUGGAGCUUUCUGUGGACCAAACAACUGGACAAGCAAGCACAUCAAAACCCUUUGUCACUUCCUUCACUUAUGUAGACAUGGAGGUCUCUGAAAUAUCACCAACAGAUGGUGUCCAGGAGAAAAUCCAAGCAGAAGAGUCAGGUGAGGAGGCACAAGUGCAGACCACCACUGAACCACAGGACCAUUUCAUUGUUGCAACCAAUGAGACUGAAAUCAGAGAGACUGAAAGCACGUCUGAAACACCUCGUGUUGAAUCUUCAACAGAGUUCACACAGUCCCAGAAAUCCACAUUAAUCCAAUCUCCUUCCAUGUCAAGCACAGAUAAUACAACAGAGGCUUCCACAGCCUCUUUCACAGAGCAGGGUAGUGGGGACUUGACAAUAGACUCUACAGCUGAGGCGGAAGGGACAGAGGACGAGAGUUCAGACAUCUCUGACGUGUCUACUCGGCAACCUGCAAGCACAACUUAUCCUCCCCUGUCUAGUACAGCAAGAACAAAGCAGGAUUUUAACACAUUUUCUUUCAGCACUGAAACAAUCCAAGAAACAGAUGUUGAGCUUGAUGUAACUAUGUCAUCUGGCACAACUGCAAAGGUUACUUCUAGCAAAGCUCAGGCCCUGGAACGUGAUGUGACAGAUAAACCAUCAGUUGCUUCCAUUUCACUCACAGACAAAGCCAGCUCUGAUGACCAGACUCCGGAUAUGUUUACCAAAGAGUCUGUCACUGCUAAAUUCUAUUCUGUAUACAGCACAGACAAAACAGAACAUGUCACAUCCAUGACUAGAGAUUCUUCUCUGUUCAGCACUGAGCAACCAGGAAAAGUAUUGACAAUAAAGUCACAUAAAGUUGCAAUAUAUGAUACUGCAAGGACUGCUCCAACUUCUGUUUCUUCUCUAUACAGCACAGAUAAACCAUCAAUUGCUUCCAUUUCAGAUUUAACCUCCACAGAUGAAGAACGCUCUGGUGACCAGACCCCUGAUAUGUUUACCAAAUACUCUGGUGUCACUGACCAGCAGGUUAUGAUCAUCACCUCAACCAGCAGCCAAACCAAAACUAACCAGACCCCCACCAUGGUGCUGCAUGGUACAAAACCAGAAACAAGCCCAGUUAUCAUAUUUACAGAAGAGGCCAUAGAUGAGGACGAACUGUUCUCCACUGUUGUGGACAGCAUGACCACAACCCCUGAGAUUAUCACUAAAGAUGACACAAUAAUUGAUGCUGAUACUGUGACAAUGGUGGACCCCUCCUCACAAUUCCACCCCACCAUAUUUGCAGAGGAAGCAGGGGGAGUCACAGCCCUUACCAUGACACCACACUCUUCAAUUGCAAUGACAGAGGAACCUGAAGGGUCUGGGCCCGAUUACUACUCGUCUUCCACAAUUGACCCACCGAGUCUGGCUACAACACAUAUCCCGUCAGUCACCUCCGUAAAUAUAUCUGAAGAGGCAAGUGCUGAGACGACAAGCAGCUCUACAAAAGUUGAAGAUUCAGAGACUGUAAUAACAACCACCACAUCAUCUGUAGAGUAUGUUGAGGCAUCUAGUUCAGAGGUCAUGUCCACUGUAGCUCAAACCACUCAAGCCACAACUGUUUUCACAGAGUCCAGCUCUCAGACGGCCUUCACCACAUCAUAUAUAUUUGUUAAUGAGUUUUCCAGAGAUGGUGUAACUGAAGAGCAGUCCAAUACAGAGACUACUCCUUCUGCCCCUGUAUCAUCCCAUGCAUCAACUCACCCCAUAGAUGCAAGCACACAGACCACAGUUAGCAGUGAGGAUGAUGAAUCCCUGACAGAUGAGAUGGAAUUAUCCACCACCCCUUCUCCUACUACUAUUGAAUCUGCAGGAGAAGGCCGUUCUGAUGAGGAUUCUGAACUGGAGAACACAACAACUUUAUCUAGUUCCAAGCAAGCCACCGUGGUGUCUUUCACUGCUACACAACAGACGUCAGUGUCAACUGAGGAAGACAGAGAGACUGUGAAAUCAACCAGUCCACUGCCUGUUGAUGAGUUUUCUGGAGAUGACGAUUCUGAAGGCUCUGGAACCUCCGCCUCUGUAGUGGAGACCUCCCAAACCACAACUCCCACCCCAGACACGAGCUCAACAGCUACUGAGAAGGAUGACAAGAGCUCAGGGGACCAGACAAGUGAGAGUUUCACCACAGAUGGUUUUGCACCAGAAGCUCCUCUCCUGGCUAGUACAGCCCCUCCAAUUGUCUCUGUCCAAUCCACUAAGGUGACAACGGAGGCCAAUGUGAUGAUCCAGUUUGUCACAACAUUUUCCCCCAAACCAGACUUGACAACACCUGAGGCUUCGCUCCAAGAGGGCCUGUCUGAGAUUGCAUUUACCCAUCGUUCCCAACCGGACAUAUUUUCUGAGGAAACGGCAAUGCCCACAACCAGACCCAUGCUGCCUGAGGAAGAUUCAAGCCAGUCUGUUGACACUUUAACAACACCCGCUCAGAGCUCUGAAUCAAAUUGUGUCUCCACUGCCUCUCCAGUGAAGACUGAUGCUGUACCAUCUACAUCAGAGGAAGAGGAACAGGUUGAAGCUUCAAGCCAGGUACCUACAACAGAGGAUGCUUCUCCUAGUGCAGAGGGCAGCUCCGAACAAGAGGCCGAGGUCAAAGAAACAGACAUUUCUGCCAUUGGCUCUCCUCUAACCGAGAAAGUGUUAGAAACUAAAGUGUAUAGAACACCCACGACAGACGUUGAUGAAGAAGUGGACUAUGAAAGUAUUACAGAGCCCUUACAGGUUGAGUCGGAACCUUCCCUCAUUGAAACCACCACAACACCUGAGGUAGAAGCGACCACGCUCAGCAGUGUCCCAACGGAGGCUCAGAAGAUUGAGCGUGCGUCAUCAAGUUCAGAGAGCAGUUCAUCGAGCAGCUCGGAGGAAGUGUCAAACCCGUCUGUGAAUCAGUCAGCAUUGACCUCCUCCAGCUCUGAAAGCAGCUCAGGAAGCGGCUUGGAGAAAAAGGUGACCGUAGUUUCCCCUGUGAAGCCGGAGAGUGACACAGCAGAGGAGACCACCCCAUCCCUCUCUGUUACUCAGGCAGAACUUGCAACCGCCAUCACUGAUUCACCCUCUCUCACGCAUCCUAGGGCUGAAAUUGAGUCAGCGGGUUCUGAGAGCAGUCCCGAAGGAAAGACGGCUUCUGAAGUUGUUACUCCUGCCACUAAGAUGCCAAUGUGGGAAAUGCCAGAGUACACAACUGUAUCGCCAGCUGAAACACAGAGCCAGACAGAAUCGGUCUCUAUGAUCCAAAGCACUCCUUCAUCUGAGGAGGAGGAAAGUGUGGACUAUGAUAAUGUAUCAGGACCUACAUUAGUCGAGGGUGAACCCCCCAUCAAGGUAGUGGAAACUAUCACUUCAGCUGAGACUGGAAUGGAUUUGGGCCAGAUGACUGUUGUUGAGAUUGCAGAAUGUGAUAUCAAUUGA